AUGGAGUACGAAGAGGGCAACAACGGUCCACCACCCCCUCCUCCCAAUUAUGCUGAGCUUCUACGACAGCUGGAGGAGCUGCGUCAACAAGUCAAUCAUAGACAAGCUGUGGUGCCUGUUCAGAAUCAGUAUGCAUACCAAGGCCAGGCAAAUCCAACUGUCCAUAGCAACAUCGCUGCCAACACCUUUGAGCUGAAAAGAGGACUUAUUCAGAUGGCAGAGAAUAUUGCUUUCAGGGGAAAAUCCACAGAUGAUCCGAACAAACACAUCACCAAGUUCAUUCAGAUCUGCAACACUACGAAGUUGAAUGGAGUGACAGAUGAUCAGAUUCGACUUAAGCUGUUUCCCUUUUCCUUAGAGGAUUCAGCAAAGGAUUGGUUGGAGAGCUUGGAGUCGGGCUCAAUCAGAACAUGGGAUGCUAUGGUAGAGAAGUUUUUAGAAAAGUUUUAUCCCCCCAGUGAGGCGAUUAAGAGGCAACAUGAGAUCAUUGCCUUUCAGAUGAACCCUGCGGAGAAUAUCAGAGAAGCAUGGGCGAGAUUCAAAGCCUUGAUGAAGCGAUGUCCUAACCAUGGGCUAACCCCAACUGUUCAAGUCAUAACAUUCUUCAAGGGGUGUGUGCCUGAAGCACAACGGGAGUUGAACUUGAGCUCAGGUGGUAAUUUUCUGAAGAAAGGAGUGGAUGAGGCCAUGGAAGUAAUGGAAGAGCUUGCAUCUAAUGAUGACAGAUGGAGCAACAACAGGAGUAAAGUACAUAGGGUGGCGUCUACCACAGAUCAUGAUCCUAUGAGCGCCAUAUCUGACAAGCUGGAUGCGCUGACUAUGAAGUUUGACUGCAUGGCAAUGGGGCAACCGACUCAAGAGCCCCAAGGAAAUAUGGAGGAUGUUAGCUAUGUGAACCAAGGGGGCAACAACCGGUACUACAAUAACCAACGUCCCAACUUCCAGGGUGGAGGAUAUAAUCAGUUUGGGAACAGGGGGCAUCCCAAUCUCUCUUAUGGGAACCCCAAUAAUGCUCUGCAACCUCCCCCGGGGUUCACGGUUACCAAUGGAGUGGUCGAUGAUCCGAAGAAGAUGACCACAGAAGACAUACUUAAGUCUUUCAUGCUACAGUCCAACAAGCUCAUGGAACAGAACAACCAAAGAAUGGAGAAGGUUGAGACAGAUGUGCAAAGCAUGGCCACUCAUAUGAAGAACAUCGACACACAGAUCAGCCAGAUUUCCCAGACUGUGAAUACUAUGACUCAACCGGGAAAAUUCCCUUCGAACACCAUCAUAAAUCCCAAAGAUUGCAAAGCUGUGCAGCUGAGGAGUGGAAAAAGUUAUGAGGGACCUGCAAUGCCAUCAGAGGACAGAGUAACGGAAAAGGCACCUGAAGAGGAGGAGUUAGUCGAGGAAGUUGAGACCGAGGCAGUACAAAUUACUCCCCCACCUAAGGAGAACGUGGUUCCAACUCCACCUGCACCACCUGCAGCUCGCACUUCCACUGACGUGAGGAUUCCCUACCCUCAACGUGUGCAAAAGAAGAAGACAGAUGCACAGUUCUCGAGGUUCUUGGAUAUAUUUAGGAAGGUGCAGAUAAACAUCCCAUUGGUGGAGGCAUUAUAG